UUAUGAAAAUAACACAAUUGUUAUUAAACCUAUGUAUACUACAUCACUCUCUCAGUUUUCACAAAACUAACAGCAAAGUAAAUUUUUUUAAAUCAGCAUAGUAUUGCCCGAGACCUCGUAGUGUAAAGAAGUAUAAAGAAGUGCUGAAUUUGUAAUCGAGUUGAAAAUAAUUUUUUUAAAUUUACUUAAUUCCUUUAUUAAGUGUGAAACAUUCAAUUUAAAAGCGAAACACAAAAUGUCUGAAGUAAUUUAUUGUUGUUUUUUACCAACCGUGAAAAACGAUACGGAUCGUAUAACUUCAUUAACCGUUCGAGGAACUUUGCAAAAGAAAUCCCAAGAGUUUUCUAUAAACUUUGUCAACAAUCCAACCAACACAGACAAUAUCACGUAUCAAUUUAAAAUGGAGAUACCUAAACAGAAAAUCGUUGAGACCCACAAAAAGGAGGGCAAAUGGAGCAACACCGAAAAGGAAACAUAUCUUAAUGGUAGUGCUGGCGAUUCUAUCUCACACACGGACACUGAAUUUUUUCUUGAAUUUGUAUUUAACUAUAAAAAUUCUACAAUAAGGGUCAACCGAGUAGUGGAUGGAAAUGAAGGAAAGGGUUAUAAUCAUAUCUGCGAAUACGAUACCCUGUUCGAUCUAUUCGAAAUACAAGCCGUUCAGAUAUGGGGAGAUGUGAAGAAGAUAUUGACAUUUACUAUGAAAUACGACUAACAAUUUGAAUGGUUAAAUUUUUAAACAACAUUUUGUGUAAAACAUUUUUUUUUAUAAAAUCUCAAGAUUUUUGAGGAAAUUUAACUGAUUUUAUAGUUCCAGUUUCGGUAGAACGUAAACAAAUCAAUUUUUUUUUAAAUUACAACCGCUAAGAGUGUUGCCAGAUAGUUCAAAAUUUAAACGACUUUCUAUACUUUGGCGUUAAAUUUAAAUAUUAGUUACAAAUUACAAAAUUGCAAUUUUAAAUAUAUAUACAAAAAUUUUAAAUAUAUACAUGUGAAGUUGGUUUAUUGGCACAUCGA